GCCUCUGCGGCCACCCUGAAUGAUCCGGCCCAGAAACUUCCGUGCGCCUCGCCGUCGGGCCGGCCUUCCUUAGUGUCAAUCGCUGCCGCCGCCGCCGCCAUGGCGUUCACGUUCGCUGCUUUCUGCUAUAUGUUGGCGCUGCUCCUCACUGCUGCGCUUAUCUUCUUCGCUAUAUGGCAUAUUAUAGCUUUUGAUGAGCUGAAGACUGACUACAAGAAUCCCAUAGACCAGUGUAAUACACUAAAUCCUCUUGUACUUCCAGAGUAUCUCAUCCAUGCAUUCUUCUGUGUCAUGUUUUUGUGUGCAACAGAAUGGCUUACACUGAGUCUUAAUAUGCCAUUACUGGCUUACCACAUUUGGAGGUAUAUGAGUAGGCCUGUAAUGAGUGGACCAGGACUCUAUGAUCCCACAACCAUUAUGAAUGCGGAUAUUUUAGCAUAUUGUCAGAAGGAAGGGUGGUGCAAACUAGCGUUUUAUCUUCUAUCCUUUUUUUACUACCUAUAUGGCAUGAUUUAUGUUUUGGUGAGCUCCUAAAGAAUGACGUACAGCAGACUUGAUUCCAGCAAAGUGCAUGCAGAAAAGCCAUAAAGCAAAGGAUUAUCUUUGAAGAAGAAACUGGUAUAAAGAUUUAGCCAUGGAAUCUGGUGAUCAUAGUAAUAGUAGAAGGAAAAGGCCUUCCUCUUCUAUUGUUUUCUUCCGUCCAAAAGCAUCUAGUCUUUAAUAACUCACGGACAGACUUUUUCAAUUGGGAUAUUUAAAGUGACAAGAAUUACAUAUAAAUUAAUGUAACACAACUGCCUCUGGCUUUUGGACAGUUUUAUUCCUGCCCUCCAUAAGGAUCAGUUGUAUCGUCAGUAAAAUAUGAAAAUUACUGCCCUUAGCAUAAGAGAGUAUUUCCCCCCCUUUUGUUUACUGGACUUUUUAGUGGCUUAUUUGAAUAAUGGACUUUCAUCCCCCUGUCAAUUGUAGUCAAAAUUUCUAAAACUCUUAGGUAACCUCUGUGUGUCAAGUAGAUGAAUACAUCAAUACAGCUGCAGGAAGAGUUGUAGUUCUAUUUUUACUAUUAGGAUCUUCUCCAGUAAUAUGCAUGGAUCAACAUUUUCCUAUGAACAUGAAACACUGAGCUUUAAUUUCCCAGGCUAAAUGGAUGUUAGGAAAAGUAGAGCUCAUUAUUAACAUGAAAUAUUGAGCUGGCUAUUCCUUGCUUUGGUUUUCCAGACUAGAUGGAUAUCAGGAAAAGUAUUUUCAUUUUUAUUUCAUAUUUAAAAAAAAAUCUCUGCAAUUGUCUCCAACUGCCAUAUAUCUGAAACCAAUUUAAUAAAAAAUCAUUUUGA